GCACUUCCUCACACUCAUUUCAUUCCGCUCUUCUCUAUCCCAUUUCUUCUCCACAAGCGACAAACCAAACAACAAUAACAACUGGCACCGGAAUCAACAUGAGCACCACGGCUCUUCGCAAUGCCUAUUUGGAAAAGACUGCAACGACAGAGCGACCGUGCUACAUCUGUAUGAAAAUGACAACCAAGGUCCUGACAGCCAAGGACGGCGGCGACUUUUUCUACGUAUGCACAUCCCAUCUCCAGGACCCAGGAUUUGCCAAGGGCGAAGGCUAUCCCCCUGUACCCACGCCCGAUGCCAUAGCUGCUGUGGCCGCUAUCAAGAAAAAGAGAGCCGAGGCCGAGAAGAAGAAGCAGGGGGAAGCAGCGGCGCCAGCGACAAAAAGUGAGGAAGAGACUAAAUCACACGCUGCCAAGUUUGGAUCGGCUGUUCUCUCAGGAUUGGGGUCCGUAGCCACGAAGGCAGCAACGUCGGUGUCAGCAUUCAUCAAUGACGAAGAGGCAACGAAGGCGAGGAUACAGGCAGCGGAAUUGGAGCGACAACAGGCUGAGGCUAGGAAGAGGCCAGCAUACUGGAUGUUGCAUCGAGACAUAUUUUAUUUGAGACAGAAUGAGGCCAAGAAGAAGAAUGCGAAAAAGUCGGCAACAGAGACACUUGAUGGACUAUCCUUCCCUAAGGUGCCCGGAGGCCGCUGAUUAUUCACGCUUUAUUCAAUUUUACGAUAAUACACCUGGUAAUAUGGCAUCGCAAUAAAGGUUCGAAGGAGUUUCUAC